UUAAAUACCGUAUCAAAUAUGUUUCUGACACUUUCACGUUCUACGGAUUUUGUCACGUUUUUCAUUUGUUUCAUGGGGCCAAAAGUAUCAACUAGUCCACCUAUAAUAUCCACUAUAUUAUCACACCACAUUUAAUUUGUUGUCUCCUUCUAAGCCAUAUAUAUGAACAUAUCUUCAUCUGUACUUCUAUUAUAAUAAUAUAGUCCCAUAGUGGGUCUCUGUAAAACCAAAGAACAACAAUACCCACAAAUUUUCUUGGUAGCAUUUACACAUUCUGGCUGAGCUCAUUUUUUCACGGAUAAUGGGUACUAAGAAAGUUUUGAUCUUGUUGGUUUUAUCUAUGUUGAUGGUUUUCUCUAUGGGCCAUGAUGGUGGUGAAGAUGAGUGUUUGAAUCCAUUUUUGGUUGAUCAAAAUAUUUUUACAAAAGAUUAUAUAAAAAAUUUAGCGAAUGAUACUGAGACUGUGAAGUGGAUGACAAAAAUAAGGAGACAAAUUCACGAGAAUCCUGAACUUGCUUACGAAGAAUUUAUGACAAGUGCUUUGGUUAGAGAGGAGCUUGAUCGGAUGGGAAUUAAAUACCGGUGGCCGGUGGCUAAGACCGGCGUUGUUGCGUCCAUCGGCUCCGGGAAGCCGCCGUUUGUUGCUCUCAGAGCUGACAUGGAUGCUUUGCCUAUUCAGGAAUUGGCAAAAUGGGAACACAAGAGCAAAGUUGAUGGCAAAAUGCAUGCUUGUGCUCAUGAUGCACAUACCACAAUGCUUCUUGGUGCUGCCAAGAUACUACAACAACUCCAACAUAACUUACAGGGUACGGUGGUGUUAAUUUUUCAACCAGCAGAAGAAAGAGGGCAUGGGGCUAAAGAUAUGAUAGAAGAAGGUGUACUUGAAAAUGUGGAAGCAAUAUUUGGUAUGCAUUUAGUACAUAAGUAUCCAAGUGGUGUAAUUGCAUCUAGGCCUGGUGAAUUUUUAGCUGGAUGUGGAAGUUUCAAAGCAACAAUUAGAGGGAAAGGAGGACAUGCUGCUAUACCACAAGAUACUGUUGAUCCAAUUUUGGCUGCUUCUACUUCUGUUAUUAGUUUGCAAAGUAUUGUUUCAAGAGAGGCUGAUCCUCUUGAAUCCCAGGUAGUUUCUGUGGCCAUGAUUCAGGGGGGGUCUUCAUUUAACGUGAUACCAGAUUCAGCUACAAUUUCUGGGACUUAUAGGGCAUUUAGUAAGAAGAGUUUCUAUGGUUUGAGAAAAAGAAUAGAAGAGAUUAUACGAGCACAAGCAGCUGUGCAUAGAUGUACGGUGGAGAUUGACUUUGAUGGUCGAGAAAAUCCAACACUUCCUCCAACUAUAAACGAUGCAAAAAUAUAUGAACAUGCCCAAAAAGUAUCGAAAAUGAUCGUUGGAGAGGACAACUAUAAAAUAGCACCUAGCUUCAUGGGAAGUGAAGAUUUUGCCGUGUUCUUAGAGAAAGUUCCUGGAUCUUUCUUCUUUUUGGGAACGAAAAAUGAAAAGAUUGGUGCUAUCUACCCUCCACAUAAUCCAAAUUUCUUCAUUGAUGAAGAUGUUCUACCUAUUGGGGCAGCAAUACAUGCUACAUUUGCCUAUACUUACCUUUUAAAUUCCAUAAAUAAGUGUACUAAUACUCAUUCUUCUUAUUAAGAGAUGGUAGAACAUUCUUUAGUUUUUUGUCUUCUUGUAUGUUACAUUUACAUCUAUAUAUGAGAGAAGCUGAUCAUUAGUUCUAUUUAA